AUGGUUACCUUCUUUUCUUCAUCUUCCUUAUCGACUGUUCAACUUGUUGAGGAUGUACAAAAACUCGAUUGCCCUACAAACUGUAUACCAGAUCACUAUUGCAACAUUUACGGUUCUUGUAAUGGGUUGGUUCUUGUUGACAUUUAUAAUCGAUAUGAUAAACAACUUUUGUUGUGGAACCUUUCCACGAGAGAAUCAACAGUACUUCCUCAUCCAGAUUUUAUAUCAGGGAGUACUACUUUGGGAUAUGAUCCAACUAGUGAUAACUAUAAGAUCCCUAAACUAGGCUCAUAUGAUCUCGAACAACCAUUUUCCUAUGAAAUUCUCACGUUAAAAAGUGGUUCCUGGAGAAAAAUUUGUAACUAUCCAAGUAGAAUUUGUCCUAACAAGGGAUAUACGUUGGAGAUUGAGCCUAAAUUUGAUGAGGAUCACAAAAUGGAACCUUUGUUAUUUCUAAAUGGAGCAUUUCAUUGGGUUGGUUUUUCGGGAAAUUAUUGUGUUGUUUCGUUUAGUUCUUCUUCAGAUAAUACGGUGUUUGAAGAAAUAUCGUUGCCAGAGCCAUCAACGUACAUAAUUAGGGAUGAAGUCUAA